CAGGUACCUAAAGCCUCUUCCUUUCACUCUUGUUUUCGCGCCUUCGAUCUCUUUUUUGUGGCAUUCGAUAUUAUUAACGUUGCUACUAGAUUAUUGUUUAAACCGUGGAAAAUGGUUGUGUGGUUAUUGAAUUGGGGAUUGUUGUUUGAAUCAGGGAAAUGGCACCAAAACAGCCAAGUACGGGUCUUUUUGUUGGAUUGAAUAAGGGUCACGUUGUUACCAAGAAGGAUCUUCCUCCUCGCCCCUCCGAUCGCAAAGGGAAAACAAGCAAACGGGUGCACUUUGUGAGGAACCUCAUCCGUGAGGUUGCAGGUUUUGCACCAUAUGAAAAGCGUAUAACUGAGUUGCUCAAGGUUGGGAAAGAUAAGAGGGCACUGAAAGUUGCCAAGAGAAAGCUUGGAACCCAUAAACGUGCAAAGAAGAAGAGAGAGGAGAUGUCUAACGUUCUCAGAAAGAUGAGGUUGGCUGGUGGAGCCGGUGAUAAGAAGAAGUAG